UCUCCAUCAGUACACAGAGAGAGACGAACUGAUAGAGUCGCUGCUUUUCUUCGUUUAGGGUUUUUCAUGGCUUCCAUCUUUCACAAACUUAGGGCCGCUGCAGCCCCUGUUUUUGCCAACCUCGCCAGGAGGCCGGCGGCGGCGGUGCUCCGAGGGGACGGCAAGGAGAGGUAUGUCCUUGCCAUCAAGCUCCACCCGUCUCUCAACAUCCCUCCGGAUCUCGUCCGGAGAGAGUUUGUCAAACAAACUCUGGACAGAGAUCUACCGACUGUCCAAACCACCACUCCGGAUCUCGCCGGAGGAUACGUUGCACUGCUGUUCGCCGGGCUUGUCGUCUGUUUCUGUAGCUCGGGUUGGGUGAAGGAAGAGGAGGCUUCGGGUGCGGGUACCGAAGAGCUUGCUUCUCUCGUGGGCAGGUUAUCUCCCUCAGUCAAUGAGAUACUAAGCCAAGCAUACCUCGAAAACAAGAUUGAUGAGCUGCUCAAACUAUUGAAGGAACUCGAACCUUGAAAGUCCUCGAUGAGGAGUGAAGAAGAAAGAAGAAACUGGAGAAGGAGGAAAUCUGCUUAGUUCUAGUUAUUGUCUUGUCAUUUGAAAUGUGAAUUUUGUAAUAUGAUGAUCUUGAUAGGACUUUGUGUGAUGGUCUCUAGGAUUUUUGAUAAUAUAAUAUGCUUCGUUUUCCUCUUUU